GAACAAAUCAAUUGAUUAGAACAAUUGAGAGAUCUCAAUGGAUAGUAGACUUCGUGAAGCAGCACUUCAAGGGAACGUGAGCUCCUUGCUUCAAUUGCUUCAAGAGGACCCACUCAUUCUUGACAGAGGUAUUGGAGCUUGCAUCACUGAGACUCCUUUACACAUAGCCUCGGUGCUUGGACACGUCCACUUCGUUAGAGUGCUUCUAUCAAACAAGCCUAAACUUGCUUUGAAGCCAGAUGAAUCACAAGGUCACACACCCUUACACUUGGCAUCAGCAAAAGGCCAUGUUGAAGUCGUGAAGGAGUUGCUGCUGCCGACGGGGAUGAUAGAUGUUUGUAUUUCUCGUGAUCGAGAUGGGAGAACGCCACUCCAUCUGGCAGCUAUGAAAGGCCAAGCUGAGGUGGUGGAGGUGCUUGCUCAAGCAAUACCAGAAGUAACUAGGGUGUUGGUGGAUGGUGGAGGGACCAUUCUACAUCUCUGUGUGAAGCAUGGCCAAUUGGAGGUGUUGGAGUUGUUGCUGAGAUUAAUUGGUGAUGUUGAUUUUGUGAACCAUACGGAUGGCGAUGGCAACAUUGUUCUUCAUCUUGCAGUAGCUAACAAGCAGAUUGAGAUGGUAAGGUUUUUGCUUGAGAAAACAGCCAUCAAAGUGAACUCUGUAAACAACAACUCUUUCACAGCCUUGGAUGUUUUAACAAAUGGUCCGAGAGAUUUGAUGGAUAUGGACAUGGAAGAGGCUCUUCGAGGUGCCGGAGCUCUAAGAUUCAGGGAUAUACCUCCAACAGCCCAUCAUCACACCACAUCAACGCAUCCCGUAGUACAGAUCUCUCUAGCUGCGCAACAUGAUCAAGUAAUCCAUGAAAGACAAAUGGAUUCAAAAUUGAGGAAAAAGCCUCGAAACCACGAAGACUGGGUGGAAAAGAAGCGGGGUACAUUAAUGGUGGUUGCAUCGCUUAUUGCAACCAUGGCCUUUCAAGCAGGAGUUAAUCCUCCUGGUGGAGUUUGGCAAGAUAGUAGUGAUAAUAGCACCAAUGCUAUCACACCACCACACACUGCGGGCACCUCUGUGAUGGCUGAUAUGUAUCCAGACACAUUCCAUAGGUUUGUCAACUGCAACACAUUGGGAUUAAUUGCCUCUCUGAGCAUAAUUCUGCUGCUGGUAAGUGGAUUACCAAUGAGGCACAGGAUUUUUGUGUGGAUUCUGAUGGUGGCCAUGUGGAUCGCCAUCACAGCAAUGACAUUAACCUACCUUAUGUCGUUAGAUGGGUUGGCAUCAGAAUCUGAUUACGAAACUAUGUUUAAAAAGUUGGUUAUUGUGGUUGUUGUGUGGUUGUGCGUCAUGGUCCUUCUUCUCCUGAUCCACACCAUUCGCUUGCUGAAAAGAGGGCUGAAAAAAUUGGUAAAACUGCUUCGGAGGAAAAGAAAUCAGAGCAUCAACGUUUAACAAACUAUGCAAGCAGGUUUAUGCAUGUGUUUCUCCCUCUAAACCUAAACGCGUGCAUUUCGGUGUGUGACUCUUUUGCUUUUACCUACCUUGAUCCCUUCUUUUCGGUUGUCUGUGUACGUCUUACGUGUGCUAAUUAGUUGGUUUGUUGAAUGAAACAUCUUGCACUAGUGUGUUGUAAUA